AUGCGCAUUUUCGUGAAUAAUGUUGAUGGAUAUGUGGCAGGCGCGAUUUGUGCCGACCUGGUCAAGGUCUCGAAAAAUAUCGUCGGGACCCGAAAGUGCAUCCGUGAUGAGUUGGUGCCACCCAUGGUGAAGCGCAUCGUGCCAGGGCUGAUGACCAGACGUGCGAAACGUGCGCGAAACGUGCGCGAAACGCGCGCGACCACCGACGUGAAACAUGACGAGGAACGGAUUUUGGAGCAGGACUAUCAGGUGCGAGUGAGUGGUGGCCCGGGCAAGGUUUGGCUCGUGAAGUGCAAGCGCACGGGACGUUCCUUCGCCGCCAAGACCUACAAUCUCCCUGGCAUCUCUGAGCUGAAGUGUAAGGAGAUUGAGACCGAGGUCGAAAUCCUUCUGACGGUGGACCAUCCGAAUCUCGCACGCAUGGUGGAUGCCUAUGAAUCGAAGGAUACUUUGACCCUCAUCAUGGAGCUCCUAGAAGGUGGUGAACUCUUUGAUCGUAUCAUCUCCCUAGCACUUCCACAGCUGGGCAGCCCGCCGUCGGUGUCUGAGUCUGCGAAUCCGCCACAGUGGCCGACGGACAUCGAGCUGCCUGGCGUGAGUGCUGCGAGUGCUGGGAAUGGUGGGGCGAUCCCACUACCGCAGCAUGAGCCUCCAAGGUUAGAGGGCGAGGCCUUGGCUGUCAGCAUCCCUGGCUGUGCUGAGGAGGGCUCCUUGGGUGCCCCUGAGAUCUCACCGAGUACGUCUCAGCGUUUGGAGACGAAUGACACCGUUCGGGACCCCAAUGAACACAGGUGUUCCGAUGCUGCGGAUGCCUCAUUCGGGCUCUCGAACUUGUCCUUGUCGCUGGACCACGAGGCUGUGAUGGAUUCGGAAGCUUCCAUCGGUCAAAAGAGCACGACGCCUUCAAUGCGGCCCACGUCGCCGCCCGUGCAGCCGAUGCCAAGCAUUGUGGAGGAGCCAAAGUGCGGCUUCAAGUGGAAGGCCAUCGUCCCGGAUCAGAACAUCACUAGUACUUGGUCGUCGACGAAGGUGGAGGCAGAUGACUCGGGGAAUUUCUAUUUCUUUGGUCAGCCGCUACCUCCUGGCAGAGCUUGCCGUCGCAUCCUACAGGUUAUUCUUACAGGACUUUCAUCUUCCUUGAUUUGUGGUGGCUUCUUCACGGUCUCUUUAGCACUCAGUGGCCUUUGGGCUGUUCCGGGGCACCGAGAUGCGAGUAGUUUUUGGAGUGGCUUCAUGAACAGGAUGGUUUGGUCCUUGAGCCCCUGCUUCUUGGGUGCCUUCUUCCCUGGGCUCUGCAAUCCCGAGACGAUGGAUUGGGAGAGUCAUGGCUUCUUUUUGUUGGUCAGUUUGGUGCCAUUCAUCAUUUGUGAUGUUCUCUUCCCCUACCUGGUGGGCACUGAUAGCCACUUCAAGAUCUUCUUCUCCACUUGCUUCUGGCCCACAACCACCUGCUUGUUCUUCGUUCCCUCCAUGAUUGCAGGCAUCCGCAGAUGUCGAGGGGAUCCAAAGUGGCAAGAUCUUACGUCCCAAGUUUUUUACAUUUGCAAGGAAGGAAUGCACUUUUGGCGGGAUCUCAUCCUGUUGAUCCUUUGCUUUCUUGCAGCGGUGUUGCCAGUGAACUACAUCGCCCUCGACUUCGCCGUGGUCGUUCCGAGUCUCUCCGUGUCGCAUCACCUCAGCGCCACCACGUGGGAAGCCGCGGACAACGGCGUGGAUCUCGCGGCAGCUUUCGUUCGGCCGGUGAUCUCGCUUUGUAUCAAAGCAACUUGCCUAGACAUCUUCAAGUUUGCGUCCAGCCGAAUCAGCCCGAUGCUGCACAUCUACGGAAUGUUCCCCCUGGCUCUCAACAUCGGCUUGCACAAUUCCAUGGCGGCAGUGCUGUGUCAAGACUGGCCCUCCGUGGGCAUUUGGAUUGCCUGUGACUUCUUGGUGAUCCUUUGGAGGACGCAGAGGAUCGGCGUGAGGCGAAUCUUCUUCGUCGUGGAGUACCUGCCGUGGAUGAGCGAGAAAGAGUUCCUCCGGCGCAGAGGCUUUGAAGCCAUCGUGAUGGGCUGGGGGCUGACGGCUGCUUUGUCCAGCUUAGUGAUGUUUAGCCCAGUCGCAUGGGUCUUACCACCGAUGCUCAAGAAGUUCCUCUUUCCGCAAGGAAUGACCAGCGUUCUCUAUUUAUGUGCUGUUUGCGGCGCUGACAUUCUUGCAGAUGUCCUCUCCUUGACCUACCUGACGCAUGCAUGCAAAUGUGAUUUUGGCAGCAUUUUGUCACAUCCAUUCUCGAAGACCCUUCGUUGUGCAUAUCUCUCUGCACUCACCGUCGUUUGGGCACCCUGUGCGCUGGGAUGCUUUGGCUGGGUCUUUCAGCAUAUGUGUGUUGCUGCAUUUGAGGCCAGCUGUGCCUCAGCUUAG